ACAUUUCUGUCACGAUCAUAUUAAUUUAAUUUUUUUUAAUUACAAAUGUUAUUUUCCUUCUUAUUAUUAUUAACACAAAUAGUUGCCGAUUACACCCCCCAAGAUUAUUGCAACUUACCAUGCUACAUCGGCAACAAAUCCAUCCCAAACGCGAUAUGUAAAAAUAAAUGUAAGCAAAACGAUUCUUGCAAAAACACAAAUUUCGGCGAACUACAAUUCUCCAAUUCCGAUCGAUAUUACAUUUUAACAUGGCACAAUUUGUACAGACAUCGUUACGCAAUCGGCAAAGAAAACAACAUAACCGUCGCAAACAUGAUGGUUCUUUCUUACGAUCAAGAAUUAGAAAACAUCGCGAUGUGUUUAGCCAAAAAAUGUAAUGAAGAAGUAGAUUUUUGUAAAAGAAGUUUUAAAUUUGGAAAUAUUGGUCAAAACGAGUUCCAAUUGAUUCAUAUCACAAAAUCGGAGCUAGAUAAUAAAUUAUUGAUCCAAAUGGGGAUCCAAUUUUGGUUUGACGAGUACAAACAUUUAAGAGAUGGCGUCAAAAAGGUUUUUGAUGAAAAAAAGAUGUUUGCCAAAUCGUUUAGCCAAAUGAUUUGGGCCAAAACGAGGUACGUUGGGUGUGGAGGGGUUCAUUACGAAGUCGAUAAAAAAGUUUUUUAUAAAUUAAUUUGUAAUUAUGGACAAGAAGGGAAUUUAAACGGAAAAGAGAUUUAUCUUGAAGGAAAUCCUGGGAGUCGAUGCCCAAAAGGAUUUAAAAGAAAUUUGGUACUAAACGGUCUUUGUGGAACAAAUCUAAAAAGUGGAAGUUAUGAAUUUGUUGAUGAAUACAAAGAGUUUGUGAAAAUUCGGGCGAAUUCACCCAAAAAUCACGGAUAUAAAACGUUAUUUGUGUUGAUUUAUUUUAUUAUUAGAUGUAUUUAAAAGUUACAAACCUGUAACACCCUUAAUCUUAAAACGGUGGCGAAAGGGUAAGCCUCAAAGGUGGUAAUCUUGUUUAUCUGUCCUCCAUCAAGGUCGGAACACGACGUCUGCGGCGGCAAAAUCGGUUUUAUCCCGGAGAGACAGACCUAAAAUUGAAAUUGAAAUCAAAAACAUCGUUGUUUUUUAUCUCUACGUAUAGAUAUAUAAAUAUAAAUGCGUUUUUAAUUCAUUG